CGGGCUCCUCCAGCUGCGUGCGCAUCUUCCUCCCCCCUUCUUUUGUGGUCCGGCCCAUUGCGAGGGUGACAGGAAACCCUGUGCAGGGAGCGCCGCCAUCUUGGACGUGCCCGAGGAAGACCCUGAGGGAGCCGCAGGAGCGUCGCCGCUGCCACCGCCACUGCCGCCAACGCGUCUGCAGCUUCUCGGCCUGCCCGCUGCUUGCCGGCGCCUCGGCCGACCGCCCCCGCCCCUCUCCUGCUGCGCCCGCCCUCCUCUUCCUCGUCCUGACGCCCCCCUCACUCCCGGAAAGCUGCCCAGCCACCAGCAACCCCCCAGUGCCACAAUGGCAACUGCACCAUACAACUACUCUUACAUCUUUAAAUAUAUUAUUAUUGGGGACAUGGGAGUAGGAAAAUCUUGCUUGCUUCAUCAGUUUACAGAAAAAAAGUUUAUGGCUGACUGUCCUCAUACAAUUGGCGUUGAAUUUGGUACAAGAAUAAUUGAAGUUAGUGGCCAAAAAAUCAAACUGCAGAUUUGGGAUACAGCAGGACAGGAGAGGUUUAGGGCUGUCACACGAAGCUACUACAGAGGAGCUGCGGGAGCACUUAUGGUGUAUGAUAUCACUAGAAGAAGUACAUAUAAUCACUUAAGCAGCUGGUUGACAGAUGCAAGGAAUCUCACCAAUCCAAAUACUGUAAUAAUUCUCAUAGGAAAUAAAGCGGAUUUGGAGGCACAGAGAGAUGUUACAUAUGAAGAAGCCAAACAGUUUGCUGAAGAAAAUGGCUUAUUGUUCCUUGAAGCAAGUGCAAAAACGGGAGAGAACGUAGAAGAUGCUUUCCUUGAGGCUGCCAAGAAAAUCUAUCAGAACAUUCAGGAUGGAAGCUUGGAUCUGAAUGCUGCUGAGUCUGGUGUACAACACAAACCUUCAGCCCCACAGGGAGGCCGGCUAACCAGUGAACCCCAACCCCAGAGAGAAGGCUGUGGCUGCUAGUGACCUCUUUGCUGUGGCUCUCAUUUGACCUUUCACCUCUGUCUGUUGGAAGCAGUACUUUUUACUUACUGCCUCAUUGUCUUCUGUACAUCCUACUGGGUUUAAUUAAAAAGAAAAAAGAAAAAACAACUCUGUUGUAAAAACAGUUUAACACAAUACUAAACUGCUAAACACCUAGAUGUAAUCAGGUUAUCAAAGGCAAGUAGAGUAAUAAAUCUCUUCUGCAUGGUAAAUCUAGACUUUUUUUCCCCCUUGAUUGUCCUCAUGAUAGGUAUGUCACCAAUACAUGAUUUAAACUGAGCACUGAUGCUGGACUUGAGUUUUACCCCUCCCUCUUUUUGGCAAGGCUUUGUCUCAUUGUACGGUUUAAUUUGAUGAUAUCUUAAGCCUUUCUUCCCAUUUUUAACUGUUCAGGUAUGUCUGUUAUAACCCAUAAGUUUAUUGCUGUGAAAUGACUUCUGAUAAUAGAGAAGGGGUCCUUUAAAGCCUUUUGUUUUUGUCGGAUAAAUUCCCUGUUGUGUGGGUGGCAUUUUUCUUGAGGCGGUUUGCUUCUGUCUUAGCCUUGCACAGGGAAAAUAUCCAUUUAUCUUUUCUCUUGUGCUUAAUUAAUAGCUUUAUCCUUUUUUUUUUUUUUUUACACCAUUUUAUCUUUUUCUCUUUAGCAGAAAGUAAAUAUGUAUAAAAUUUGAAGGAACCGAACUAACAAUACAUUCUGUGUAUAUUAUUUUAAUGAAGAAAAUAAAUUGAUUACUGGCUUUGGAACAGUAUAAAAUACCAGUUUGUACAGUAUGACCUAUAUGUGACUAUGUUACUCCCUUCCAUUUCACAUAAGAAAAUAGACACAACUGCAGUUCACAGGAUAUACUGGCUCCACCCUUUGGUGCUGGCAGUGUUUGGGGACAUUAUGCUGGAAGGAGCUCCUGGCGUGAGAGGAUUAACACUAGUAGAUUCUGUUCCAUCUUUGCACUGUGGCUUACCUGCUGAUUUUCUUAACUGUUCUUGUGCAAUCAAUAAUGUGCUAACCUGCUUUUCUCUUUUUGUAAACGUUUUGCAUUACAGGCUGCAUUUCUUGCCUUACUGUAUAGAAAAAGAAAAAAGGCUGGGUUUAUUAUUGCACAUUUUAAGCUUUUAUACCUGUAUCUUCUUGGAAUGGUGAGAUUCUGAACCAGACAGCCAGAACUGCAGGUCUGCUGUUAAGGGAUUUUAAAUUGUGCAUUUUUAACACUACAGUGAAAUAAUCUAAGAUAUCCCUUGUGUUCUUAGUAUGAGGGGCUAUUUUAUGUCAUGUUGGCAUAAACUGUUUUGUAAAGGGGAAAGUGUUUCUAACGGUGUUCCAAUAUUUGUGCUGAUACAAAGUAAGUUAUUACUUUGCACUAGGUGGUUUGGCCACUGACAGAAUACUGUAUUGCAAGGGAAACAAUCUUUUAUUUCUUUAGAAAACAAACUUAUGUUUUACCAAGUUCUUCUGUUGAUUGAUUUCUAAUUGAGUUUAUGGUUCAGGGUGGGAAUUGAGAAGUUAUUUGAAGUAGGAUAGGUAAACCUCAGUACAUUAUAUACAACUCACUCUCAGCUCAACUGUUGUGUUUAAAAUACACAUUUUAAAUCCCUAUUUACAGACACUAACGUAAAAAAUACAGCUUUCUGGGUUGUAAACAUGUGGUAGUACCAGAGUAUUGUAUAGUCAGUGUUAAAUAAAAGCCAAAACUGGAAUGUGCAGAAAAUAGGAUUUGGUUAAUUUGUGGACUCACCUUUCUGUCUGUGUUUAACUUUUUAAAAAACAAGAUACCUGGAGUAGAUCAGUGUAUUCUGUUAAAGGCUUAACAGUGAUCCAUUUUGCUCACACUGUUGCAUCACAAGGGACUUGCCCAGGGACCAUGACCUGCUGGUGUGUGUAUAUAUUUACAAAAACAAAACAAACAAACCACCCAUUGGGAUGUAAGGUAGCAAUCACAAACUAAAGACUGCGGCUUGUUUAGGUGCAAUACCCUGAUUUCCCAAAGUUAGUUACAGUGGGUCUUAAUUGUUUUUGUGACAGGAGUUAUUCAGACUGCUGUACUCUUCAUUUGAUGUAACAAAAUGCUAUUAAUCUAAAUAUUUGUAAAUAAAGUACCUGUAUCUAGAUUAAAUUAAAAUUGUUUGCAUUAUUUUCUGAAUUAUAACAGGAUUUCAUAUUUUCUUCAGGCAAACAGUUAUUUGGCAUAAGUUGCCAGUUUUUAUUGCAGAAUUGUCCUUUUUUGUUUAAAAAGAGAAGUCUACAUAAGUAGCGUAUCAAUCCACAUCACCCAGUAAUUGAGCUACAGUCUUAUCCUUGUGUUCAGAUCACACUUGCUGUGCUUUUCAACCUUUUUCAGUGUGAGAUCAGCACAUUUGGUGGCUGAUAGUGUUCUCCCUUGACUGUACUUGGGGCCAAAUUCUGUUAUUUGCAUGUGAAAUCCCCUAUAAUAAACUUGGGUGCUCAAAAAUAGAGAAGCAAAUUGUCAUAUUGUAAUAUCUGUGUGCCAGACACUGGGCAAGUACACUUUGGAGAGAAUGUGAAAUUCUUUUAAUUUUUAAUCCGUGGAGAGCUUACUACUUGUGUGGUCACCUGCUUUUCUGGGUUACUCGUUGCCCUUGCACCUAUGAGGCCCUCCUGAUUAGUAAUUGGUGCUCAGUACUCUAUGCGUUAGACAUUCCAGUAUGAUGUUCAAGUAUUUUUCAUGGACAAUAAAGUGUUUGAUGCAGUAA